AUGUCUGACAAGAAAUCAAUCGAAGAACUUUUAAAGCUUUUAGCUAUGGGAGGGGAAGAAAAACAAGAAGAUCCUCAAAAUACAGAAAAACAUAAGUUUUGGCUGACUCAACCGACUGUUAAAUAUGAAGAAGCUUCAAAAAUAGCAGCAGAAGGACCAAUUGAUAAGAUUAAAACACCGGAUCAAGUUCCAAAUAAUCCAUUACCUUUGAUCGAUCAAUUUGAAUGGUGUACAGUUGAUGUUGAAAAUGAUAAAGAAUUAGAUGAAUUAUAUAAAUUAUUAUAUGACAAUUAUGUUGAAGAUACUGAUGCUACUUUUAGAUUUAAAUAUAGUCAUGAAUUUUUUAAAUGGGCUUUAAAACCACCUGGUUGGAGAAAAGAUUGGCAUACUGGUGUUAGAGUUAAAGAAACCGGUAAAUUAGUUGCAUUUAUUGCUGCUACUCCCGUAACAAUCAAAUUAAAUAAAUCUAAAACGAUAAUAGAUUGUGUUGAAAUAAAUUUCUUAUGUAUUCACAAAAAAUUAAGAAAUAAAAGAUUAGCACCUGUAAUGAUUAAAGAAAUUACAAGAAGAGUAAAUAAACAGGAUAUAUGGCAAGCUUUAUAUACUGGGGGAUCAAUAUUACCAACUCCUUUAGCCACAUGUCGUUAUCAACAUCGUCCAUUAAAUUGGUCAAAAUUACAUGAUGUAGGGUUCAGUCAUUUACCUGCAAAUCAAACAAAAUCAAGUAUGUUAGCACAUUAUGCAUUACCAAAUGAACCAAAAUUAAAAGGGUUAAGGAAAAUGGAAGAGAAAGAUGUUAAAGAAGUAUUGGAGUUAUUACAUAAAUAUCAAGAAAGAUUUGAAAUUGUACAAUUAUUUAAGGAAGAAGAAUUUAAACAUUGGAUGUUGGGACAAAGUGGGGAAUCAAAUGUUAUAAAAUCAUAUGUUGUAGAGGAUUCGCAGGGAAAAAUAACUGAUUUUUAUUCAUACUAUUUAUUGCCAUUCACAGUAUUAGAAAACACACAUCAUGAUGAUUUAGGAAUUGCAUAUUUAUUCUAUUACGCAACAGAUGCUGAAGAAAAUUACAAAACAAGAUUAAAUGACUUAAUAACAGAUGCAUUAAUAACUUCGAAAAAAUUUAAUGUUGAUGUAUUUAAUUGUUUAACAUGUCAAGAUAAUUCAUUUUUCUUAAAAGAUUGUAAAUUUGGUAGUGGUGAUGGUUAUUUAAAUUAUUAUUUAUUCAAUUAUAAAACUUUCCCAAUGAAUGGUGGUAUUGAUAAAGAAACUAAACAAGUUAUAGAUGAUAAAUCAAGUGGAGUAGGUGUAGUUUUAUUAUAA